CUCUGGCCUACAAUGGCGAACCCCAAAUAGGUUUUUCAACGGGGUCUUGAUUAUGUCGGUUAAAGGGGGACGAGAUAGGGUAAAAGAUGGCGGCGCCCAUGGCGCUCCACAUGAAACACUUGCCAGUCGUGCCUUUUUGGUGACAGGUUCAUUAUUUGAAAAUGGCAUCAGUCAUAGUUCUAGUCAAAUACACAUCGAAGCACCUGCCAGAUCUAUUCAAAAUGGCGGACAGAGUGAACAUAUUGAGUGCGCAGACGGAGAUCUACAGCUCUUACCGGAUUGUGAGUCAAGCCUGGAUACGUUCGGUUAUGACAGGGCGAUUUCAGCAAAUAACGUGGGUUGGUUGAAGUCUAGAUGUAAAAAUGUAGACGCUGUUCAGUUUGAUUGUGAAGCAAAAGAAAACGAACAGUGUGACAGCGAUGGUGAAUUGUUCUCCGAGCACAUGCCUGGUGUGGAAGAAAGGGGUGGGGUAGGAUUGUGCUCCGACACGACUAGGCCUACAAGUCAAGGGAAGAAGGUAACGGAAACUGUUGGUACGAUCGUGGUUGAAUCUUUAAUGAAACUUGAUAACUCGAGUGGUGUAGCCAGUGAAGACCUUUCUAACCAAGGAGUGACUGUUCACUUCGGUGAGUUUCCAAAUGGUGAUAGUGAUACUAAGAAUGGAAACCCGGAAGUAUUUCCUUUGCAGCUCAUACAGUCCUUUAGUGACAAAAGUGACUCGGUUUCACUAAUGACACCCCAAGAACUGGAAUCUCUGCCAAACAGAGGAUUAGAAUUUGAAGAUACAUAUUCCUCACAGAAUUAUAACUCAUCACAUACUGUCACCAAUAAUUCUUGUAAAAUUGUAAAUAACAGUUUUACGUCAAUUCAGUAUUCAAAUAAACAUGGUCAACUUCCAAGAUCUCUUUCCAAAGAAGAAGCAUCAUCUCUAUCUUCAGAUGACAGGACUGAUGACGAGCAGUCAGAGCAUGAUGGUGAAAUAGAUGAGCAAUCCUUACUACUUAACACAGCCACCAAUUCAACAGAGCGUGUGUUAGGUAGAUCAAUCUCAUGCUCUUCACCAGCUUCAUCCGAUGACAGUUCGGACAUGUCACCACAGUCCAGGGAACCGGUUAGUGACUCUCAGACAGAAGCAACUAAUCUAACUCUAGCUACAAUAUCUAUUUCAACAGAUAAAACUGCAAAUUCAACCCAAAUAUUGGUAAACACAAAUCAAGGACAACAGUUAUAUUUGAUAAAUACAGCUGAUCUGACACAGGCUACAAAUGCGUUACAACCUUUGGCACACCCAACAGUGUCAAAUAAGACAUCAGUAACUGAGCUGCCAUUGCCAUCUGCAGCAUCAGCUUCUCCAAGUGCAGAUGCAAGAACAUCUACAGAAACGGUUGACCAUCACCCUGAAGUCCAGCCAUUGCAAAUACAAAGCACAGGUUAUCUGAUAGUGCCAGUAGCCCAACAGGAAGGGAGCAAUGGUCUUAUGGUAACAUCACCCUUGACUGCUGUGCCAUCAGAGUAUGCAUGCCAGUCAAGAAGAGUAUGGGUGUGCCCUGAAACUGGCUGUGACAAAGUAUUCAGGAAGCUUUCGAAACUAAAGAUACACCAGAUGCGUCACACUGGAGAGAGACCUUUCAAGUGUUCUCGGUCUGGAUGUGAUUGGGCUUUCACUACAGCAUACAAACUGAAGAGGCAUGAAGAAUCUCAUGAAGGAAGGAAAGACUACAAUUGUGACUUUCAUGGUUGUGGUAGGAAGUUCACUACUGUGUACAACCUCAACUCCCACAGAAAGCUUCAUGAGAGACCGUGCACAGAAACAUGUCCAGAGCCAGGGUGUGGACAGUGUUUCCCCACAAAGCGCCAGCUAGAUCUCCAUGUUCGAACACACACAGGCAUGGAGAAGACAUACAAGUGCCCUGUAUCAGGAUGUGAUAAGGUAUUCUUCUCUCCGAACUGCAUGGGCUCCCACACCCGAGUACACCUUCAAGACAGGCAGGACCUCACCUGCAGGUUUGAAGGCUGUGGCAAGGUGUUCGACAAGCAAUGUCGCCUGAAGCAGCAUGAGCGCCGCCAUACUGGAGAGAAGCCAUAUGUCUGCCAUUUCCAGGGAUGUAACUGGGCAUUUACAACUGCCAGUAAAUUGAAGAGACACAAAGCCAAGCAUACUGGAGUAAGGAAAUGGGUGUGCAGUGUGUGUAACAAGGGCUUUAUGCGAGCUGAACAUCUGAAGGGUCACCUUGUCACACACAGUGGAGUAAAGCCUUUUGUGUGUCCAGUGGAAGGUUGCAAGGCCAGAUUUACAGCAAAGAGCAGUUUGUAUGUUCAUCUGAAGAAACAUGAUGCCUCAGGGAAACAAAUAACAUACCACUGUCCUAUGGAGGGAUGUGUGAGGAACUACUCCUCUAAAGCUGGGCUGCGUAACCACAUUCUCAAACACUGUCUCUCCACACCUCAAGGCAGUGACCCGGCUACUGCCUUGGACUGGGUGCCCCUGUUGGGAGGAGAUGAUGACAAUCUGGACAGCCUUGUUCACUCCUCCCCUGAGUCCACAUCACUAUCCACCAAUGCAUCGAACAGCACCACUGGCACACUUCCAGUGACAGCACUGUCCUCACCUCAGGAUAGAAGUCUCACAACAGAUUUUGUCAGUCCAGUUUUAUCUGAAGGGGACUGUCUGAGUGCGGAGCAGCUGAGCAGCAACAUUGUGUCCCAGCUCAUAGCCAACACCCCCCUGCAGCCUGCACAACCGGAGGGUGGGGCAGCCCCUGCUUCAAAACCUUCUCCAAAGAUUGCCAUAGCAACAGAUGCUGCUAGUCUGUCAACUGUAGCUUUGGAGAACAGCAGUGGCUCUGCUCGCACAGACUACCGCAGCAACCACAUGCUGAGUGAGCGUGCCAGGCGGCGAUGGCAUUCUGUGAAGAAUGGAGGCAGCCUAAAAGUGGAUGAGAGCAUUGUGUGUGACACCAUCUUCCCAGAUAACACAGAGAAGACCAGCGUUGCUGACCCAGUGUCUCCAUUAUUUCCAUCACCGGAUAUCCUCAGCUCAUCUCAAGGAGUCAUGUUCAGGGACCCUGAGACAGGAAUCACUUACGUCCAGACACAAUUGCUACAGGAUGACCCUCCACAUCCAGCACUGUAUGAUGAUGAGAGCAGUGAUGCCUCGGUCACUGGAGCAGUCUCCUUCACUGGGACUACCAUCAACAUGCAGGACCUCAAGUAGCACUGUCCUUGCAAGGUCCAGAGGAACACUGUGUGCUGCUGUCUAUAUAGUAGGCCUGAAGGAACACUGUCUACUGUAUAUAGGGGAUCUGAAAGAACAGUGCAUCUACUGUCAAUGUGGUAGGUCCAGUUGAACACUGUGUUUCCUGUCUAUUUAGUAUGCUCAGCUGAGGGAAGACUGUGUGUCUGUUGAAAAAGUAAGCCCGAAGUAACAUGCUAUGUCAACUACUACAUAGUAGGCCUGAAGAGAGACUGCAUCUACCGUCUCUGUCGUAGGCCUGAAGAGAGACUGCAUCUACCGUCUCUGUCGUAGGCCUGAAGAGAGACUGCAUCUACCGUCUCUGUCGUAGGCCUGAAGAGAGACUGCAUCUACCGUCUCUGUCGUAGGCCUGAAGAGAGACUGCAUCUACCGUCUCUGUCGUAGGCCUGAAGGAACAAUGUGCAUCUAUGGUCAAUAGACAGUACCUCAGUACCUGUUAGCAUAUGUCAAAACUGUAUAUACUUGGCCAGAAGAAACACUGUACAUCUAUGGUACCUUCAGUACAUGUUGGCAUAUGUCAACAGUGGAUCAUGUUUAUUGGACGAGAGAGUGAAGUUUUUUAGUGAGUAUGUGACUUUGUUGUACUGUUAUGUAUUGCACUUAUGUUGUUAUUGUGAUCAAAGACAUAAUAAAAUCAUACAAAAGAUAA